AGGGAACCACAAGAGAACCAAGAGAAGCAGAUAGAAGAAGAGAGGGACAUGGUAAAACAUCAUUCACUAAUAAUACUAUUAUCAAAUGUUGACUUCUUUCCCGUUUUUCCCGUUAAAAAAUAUAGAAAAGAAACUAUACAAUAAGUUCUUUGUAUGUUUGCAUGGUGAUAAAAUAUAAUAGGUUUUGUUUGUGGAAACACCACGUAAAUUUAUUACUGCAAAGCUUUCGAUCCGUAAGCCCGGAUCUUCAUCAGUGCUAAUAAUAUAUUAUUAUUAGCACUGAUGAAGAUCCGGGCUUACGAAUCGAAAGCUUUGCAGCAAUAAAUUUACGUGGUGUUUCCACAAACAAAACCUAUUAAACUAUACAAUAUUUGAAAAUAUAAACACUCCACACAAUGUUAUUGAUAAUGAUUCGAACAAGAAUAUUGCGAUGAAGAUACGUCCAAAGAGGCCGAAGUUAUAUCGGCGAAAGGUAUGGCUAGUUCAGACAAUUGCGUAAUUUGAUAAUAUACGAUCUCGCUUGACUUUCAAAAGUCAUAAAUCGCUAGGCCUACAAUGUUGAUAAUGACUAAAACUAUUGCGCACUGAACCGAAGAUAUGAACAUACAAAGUCGCCAUAGUAUGCUCGCAAUCCUAUGCUCGCAAUGCAUUACAUCGAUACGUCAUCAAAUGUGCCUUUUCGCGACAUAUACGGACCUCUGGUCCUGUCAUUGCUUCUACUACUGAUUAAAAAUCAGUAGAUGCAAAAACUAUACUAUAUGCUAUAUGAAGCUGAUUAACAUGGACUGUAAAGUAACACAAACUCAUACUUUAUGUUCUACUUUGUUUUUAUUAUAAGAAAUGGAACUGGAAAUAAUUGGGGUAAACUAUCAUUCAUUAUAUUGACAUUAUUUAAAAAAUAGAAAAGAAAUACAAUAUUUAUUCCUUUAAAGUUUUAUCACGCCAAAAACAAAAAUCCUUAAAAUUUAGAACUUUUUCAUGGUUUUAUCCAGCAGAACCAGUUGGCGUGCAGUAUCUUCAGUAUAAGCUUCAAAAACUCAUUAAUAAUUCAUGAAGCAAUUAUUCAAUCUUGAGUAAGAAAUUAGUCACGUGCAUACGUCUUUAUACCAGCUAAAGCACACGUUAACUAAAGACCAUUGUUAUGCAAACUAUAUAAAGAUUUUCAUAUAAAGAUUUUUAUAUAAAGAUUUGACUUAUUAUGCAAACGUUUUUGAAGCCAUUUAAAAAACGAGCAGGUCGUGUUUUAUUAGGUCUAAAGCCACUCGCGCCGCGCGCUCGUGGGCUUUAAACCUAAUAAAACACUCCUGCUCGUUUAUUAAACAGUACUUAAAAUACUCAUUAAAAAUUCAUAAACCUUGUGGCAAAUCAUUUCAGUCAUAAUAGGUCACGUGGAGUGACUUUAUAUCUGAUAUAACUCAUCUUCAUUAGUAUUAUAUAAUUAAUUUGUUCGUCCUAAUUAGUAUGAUUAUAUAAUGCACGAAAGACGCUGAUAACAACUCAAAACAUUUGCCAGAACAAUAUCGCUUUUUGCUCAAAAAACUUCUGCACAAUAUAUAAUUAGUCACCAAUCUUUAACGUAGGCGGAACUGUCAGUAAUUGUCUUUCGUGUCAGUAAAUUAAUUGUAAACCGCUAUUGUAUAGCACUAUUCACUUUGUAUCAUAUCUUAUAUCACUAGCACAUUAUUAAUCUACCCGUCGAAGACUGAAGAAUGGCAGUCAAAAGCUCGUAAUAAAUAAAUCUUUUUAACCAGAGAACGUUUACACAAUUAAUUGAACUGUAGAUGUUGUAAAUUGCAAUGACCUUUCAAUACCAAGAGGUCCUCUCCCAAAAAUAUUUAUUUUUGAAGCUCGACUACUGCUUUUCUUGUACUUUCUGUAGCAAGGCAUAUAUUCAGAAAGGCAUAUAUUCAGACAGGCAUAUAUUUUAAAGGCAUAUAUUUUAAAAACAUAUAUUCAGAAAUUUUGCAUUAAGUCGUAAUUGUACACUUAUAUUUUAGAAUGGUCAUGUAGUGAAUGGAUUUAGAACUUCACAUUUUGUGUAGAGUUUCCACUAUAGCACUCUGUUGGUUCCCACGAGUGCAUAAAUGAUUGACAUAAGUAAAUUUUAUGCAUAAAGAAACUAUUUAAGAACCUGCUUUAAAUUCCCAAGAGCAGAAAAUCGCGUACUUUACAAGGGGAUGUUCUUAACUAAAUUUUAACAGAUGCACCUUGUCAAUAUUUUACGCAUCAUUACGUCUUGGUAGGGCAUUCAAUUUUAACAAUGAGUGAUUUCAAUAGUUUUCGGGUUUUUUGGGACACCCUGUAUAUAAAAUUUCCACUCGAUAAUUUCCAACAAAGAAACCCUUCUAUUAUUGCAUGACAGGCCAUCUGAAGAAUGAAAAAAUCAGUCAAAACACUGAGUGACUGGAUUGCCAUCCAGUCACUCAGUGUUUUGAUGGAACCACAUCUUGUUGACAAGUUGUUGGAACAGCAUUGCUACAACUUGUUAAUGGCACUUAUUUUAUUAUUAUAUUGAAAUUAAACUUGCACUCUAACGUAGAUUUUAUAUUUUUAGGGAGGCAAAAUUGCUGUGCGGUGGAUAGAUCCCGAAGCCAUUACUGAUAUUACAUUUUCAACAGCCACUGAUAUCUACAGUUAUGGUAUUGCACUAUUCGAAAUGCUCUUUCCUGAAAAACCUUAUUGGAAUUGGUGCAACGAAGAA